AUGUCAAGAGAAGAUCCUAUUAAAGCAGAGAAAGAUUUAUCAUCAAUUGUCGAUGCAGAAUUUCCUCAAAUCGAAAAAUUGCCUUAUAAAGAGGCUGUGGAUCGUUAUUUGAACUUGGAAAAACAAACAAGACAAUCUUCAGAUUUAGUUUCAAGUAAAAAAGUCUUGAGUAAAAUAACUGAUGUUUUAGUUAAAAAUGAUUGGGAAUACUUGAAUGAAUUGAUUCCUAUAUUGAGUAAGAAACAUGGUCAAAUGAAAAGUUCCAUCCAAUAUUUCAUUCAAGGUAUUAUUGAACAUUUAGAUGAAUUAAACGAUGAUAACAAAACUCAAUUAGAUUUAAAAAUCAAAAUUAUUGAAACUAUUAGAACUGUUGGUGAUAAGAAAAUCUUUGUUGAAGUUGAAAGAGCCAUUGUAUCUAAGAAAUUAAGUGAAAUCUAUCUCAACAAGUUAAAUGAUUUAGAUAAAGCCGUGGAAAUCUUAUGUGAUUUACAAGUUGAAACCUAUUCAAUGAUGGAAUUCCCUACUAAAAUCGAAUAUAUUUUAAAACAAAUAGAAUUAACUUUAAGGAAACAUGAUUUCAGUCAAGCCAAAAUAUUAAGUAGAAAGAUUUUACUCAAAAGUUUAAAGAAUUUCGAAAAGGCUGAUGAAUAUAAGAUCACUUACUUGAAAUUCUUGAUUAAGAUUAAUGAAUUUGAUAAUGAUUAUAUUUCAAUUGUUUCUAAUUAUUUGAAAUUAAUUGAAAUCGAUUUGAUCAAGGAAUCAUCGGAUUUAAAUGAUUAUUUGGUCUCAAUCAUUUACUAUAUCAUAUUAUCAAAAUUCGAUAAUUUACAACACGAUUUGAUUAUGAAAAUUAAAACCAACCCAGUUUUCAUCAAAAAUGUUGACAGCAAAAUCUUCACAUUAUUAGAAAUCUUUACUACUAAUGAAUUAAUCCAUUGGACCAAUAUUGAAAAUUCAUAUUCCCAAGAAUUCAAAUCAUCAGAAAUCUUCAACAACAGUGAAAAUUUCAAAAACUUACAAAAAAGAAUUAUUGAACAUAAUUUAAGAAUCAUUAACAAAUAUUAUACUUUCAUAGAAUUGUCACGGUUAUCAUAUUUAUUACAAUUAAAUAAUGAUGAGACCGAAAAAUAUAUUAGUGAAUUAGUUAAUUCAGGAAUGAUUAGUGCUAAGAUAAAUAGACCUCAAGGAAUUGUUAAAUUUGAAAAAGCUGGAGCCAAAAAUGAUUUCAACAGUUUAUUAAAUGAUUGGUGUUAUGAUGUUGAUAAAUUAUUAGAAGAAGUUGAUCAAAUUGGUCAUUUGAUAAAUAAAGAAGAAAUGAUGUAUGGUAUUAAACAAAAGAGUUGA